CACCGAUCUCAAUCUCUCCGCAAUGACAUUAACUUCCGUCACCAAGUCGAAUAUUCCGAGCCCCGCUCGGCGGUCAGCCUGCGAUUGUUGUCGUCUAGGACAAAGAAAGUCAAGGUGUGACGGUGGAAAGCCUUCAUGUCGAAGAUGCUCUGGUUUAGGUCUUGACUGUCACUACUCGGUCAAGAAGCAAAUGGGCAGACCUGCAAAACGUCGACAAGCUUUGGCGGCAGCGCUCCCUAGUCCAGCUGUUCAAGAUGACACGCCCUUCCUGUCCCUCUUAUCACCUCAAUCAAUGAUUGAAACGCUCAGUCAGGUUGACGUGAAUGUCUGUGUAGAUCCAAGUCUCAUGCCUGACCUGAGCUCUGAGAUACUUAGCGGACUUCAACUUGAGUUGGGAAAAGGCACCGACUGCUCAUGUCCAACAUCAGACGUCUUAUCAGGCUCCGGUGCCGCUCCGGCCCUCGACCCCCCAGCUUCAAAUUCUGCCUCGGUAGCCACGUUGUUGCCCAUAUCGCAAACAUCGUCACGGUCAUGUUCUUGUCUGGCAACUUUCUAUCUCACAGUAGAUGAUCUCUGCAAAAACGAAAGACUCUCCUUUCCGUCAGGUCUUCCUUUUCUUCGCAAAACGAUCUCAACAGCCAGUCAAAUCGCUCAUUGUCAGAUCUGUCCAACCAGCCACCUCUCUGCCAUGCAGAAUAUCCAACUUCUGGGAACUCUCCUCAUGUCAGUGGGCCAGCAGUACGGCGUCAUUCUGGAGUCCAUAGACAAAGAGGCCAAGGCAUCCAUGGAGAAAAAUGAAAUGAAACGUCUGCAGUUCAGCGAAGUCGGGGUUGAGUAUUCUGCAGAGGCUCCAAGUUAUAACCUGGAAUUAGAUCCUGCAGCAUGGGCGGAUUUGGCUAAAAAGGCUGUUAAGGCUGAGGUUUACGGAAACGGGAGAGAAGAAGAGUGUUUGUGGAGUGUUUUGAACUAUCUCGAAAAACGGCAGUCCCAGUGGCAUGCCGUGCCGCCCCAUCGAGAUUGUCCUCAUCAGUACCAGCAGUCUGAUGAGGAGCCAUUUUGCAUAAAGAUACUUCACAAGGCUAAAGAGUCAAUAGAGGCUCUUAAGUGGAAGUGUCGUGAGAUCUAUGGUCCGGGAAGACAUGAUGUUGGUACGAUUUCCCUUCUGUGA